UGUCAUCUCGAACUUAAAGGGUUAAUUCAAUGAUCAACUUCGGAAGAAGAAUGAUGCAUGCACAAAGCUUCAAGCAGCAACAAGAUACAAAUCAGAGGCCAGAAUAGAUGAAGCUGUGAGGAGACUAGAACACCAGAUGCAGGCACAGCAACUUAAUUUAAGGGAGGAGAAAAGGAUUGUGGCAGAGAUUGACACACUCAAGCGAUCAAAGAGAAGUUUAAAGGAAUACUUAGACCUUAAACAACAUGUGGACCAGCUGAGGAACAAACAGAAACACUUAAGGUCACAGAGAGAUGCAUGUGUGAGAAGAAUAAAUGGCUUGAAGGCAAGAGAAGAGAAGUUGAAGAACCAGUUAGAUUCAGUUGAUGUCUGUAAAGAAAAUGAAGAAACAAAAAUUCAGCAGCGUGCACAUCUGAAUACAAUAGAAAUUCUCAAAAAAGAGCUGGAUGACCUUCAUAGCGAGAAAAGAGAGCGGAAAGCAAAGUUUUCUAAGGAAAAGAAUGAUUAUUACUCAGCCAUUAGAGAAAUGAAGUCUCAAAAACAAAGAGAGGAAGCUACAAGGAGAAAGAAUGAAAAGCAAACCAUGAUGAAAGCUGUAGUCAGUAGCAGAGCCGCACAACAGCUCUAUGAAAAGGAGAAAUCACUUUGUGACACUCUCAUCAGCUAUAUGGAGAAGUUGCACACAAGUUUGGUUCAUCUUCCAGAAAUUCAAGGCGCAGCUUCAAUAGACAAGGAACCAGUGGUCUCUUUAUCAGCAAGUGCUGAUUUUUCUUCAUCUGGUGAGGGAGUGUUUCUCAGGCGCAAGUCAGAUGCUGAUGAUCUGGUUGGUGUCUUUGCUGGAGUUCACAGAAUAUCACGCAAAGGCAGUCGCAAAGGAAGGCGUUCAUCAGCAAAAGAGGCACCUCGUAAAUUGAACCUUCAUCCUGAAGUUGUUGAGCAUCUUUUAACACUUGGUUUAUCACCUCCCAGUACUGCCACUGACAUUCCAAAGGUUCUUGGAGAGCUUCACGAAAAGAAGGAGUUCUAUAAUAAUCCCCCUUCCUCAAGCUCUUUGUUGGCACUUGCCAGUAACGAUCCCAUGUCACCAAUAAGUGAAGAAGCUACACCAGAAUUUCCAACUAAAUUUGAGGAAAAGGAUGCAAGUAAAACCACUGAUACUUCAGCUCAAAUUGAGAGCACAGCAGAGAAAGAUGAAGAGGGAGGUGAAAAUUUGCACAUCAUUGUUCCUCAGUCUUCUUUAACUGAAGGUCAUGAAGUGUCUAGUAGAAAAAAUUUGGUUAAAGUGAACACUGAAUCAGCUGAGAACUUGAACAGCUUGGUACCAGGAACAGAUGAAAAUGUGUCAAAUGUUGAGAGAGUAGAGCUUGAAAAGUCAGCUUCUAGUGAAAUUUCUACAGACCCAGCAGUUGCCAGUGGGAAUUCUGAUAUAUUUGUAGACGGUGAAGAGAAUCACAAGCUUACAUACACUUUGAAUGAACCUACUGGUGUAUCAGUCGUCGUUGAUAAUUUGUGUGAUUCAGGCGAGGUUGUUGCCAACUGUUCUGAUGUGGAGAAUUUCAGUCACGUAAAGGAAGAAAAACAAAGAAUAGGCCAGAUGCUCUCCAAGUCUGAACAAACAGACAUUACUUCGCAAGAUAAUAUUUCCACACUGCUUUCUCACAACAGCACAAGUACAGAACAUCCCAAUUUCACCAGCCCAUCACCUCACAGUCCAAAGCUCUCCUCAGAACAAAAUUGUUUGGAAAGUGCCUAUGAUAAGAACCCCCUAAAUGAUGGACACAAUAUAGUUAAAAUACAAUAUGAGAAGUGCCCUGCAUAGAUCACUAGGUUAAUCAUGUCUACAAGAUAUCUUUUAAAAACCUCUUUUACAAAUAGUAGUUAUUGUUAGGAAUGAUUCUUUCAUGAGCGUGUAUGUGCUCUUGAAUCAGCUUUUUGGAAAGCUCUCGUGUGGCAAUUAAAAUUCUAAAAUGGAAAGGGACAUCUCAAAGCUCAGUACUCAGAUAACAUAGGAAAAAGUGGCAAAUUUUUAUGAAAACGAUCACUUUUAAAUGAUGUGUUAGGCAGGUUGUUCACUCUGCACUGUUACUUCUGCCAGGAUGUUGGUAAUAACCCCAUCUUUGUGAAGGUGAUUUAUGGUUUUGACACUCAGAAUGACAAUUUUCAUAAUGGCCACUGUCGCAUUUCUACCUGUAAUCUUCUCUCUUCUCUUCAGACAUAUUGGACCAAGUAGUAUUUUGGCCAUAUUUAAGAAAUGUUACUAACAGACAAUAUCAGUGCUGAAAAAUUUGCAUUCAUUUCAAAUUUUCCAUUUAAAAAAAAAAAAACCAGUCUUUUGUACAUAAUAAAAGGCUUGGCAUUAAGCCGCAUGUAAUUUUUACUUGUGUGUGCAUUUGCAGAUCAAAUGAUACCAUAAUGAGGACCAAUUUUUAAUCAGAAUUUUUAUUAGAUAAGUCAGUAUUCUCCUUCUGGGCAAAGACUUUGUUAUUAGUGAGGUGUGAUAAGAUUGGAAAUUUGACACAAAGUUAAUUGAUUUGAACAAACUGCCGCCAUUUCAUGUGGGCAACUUUUUAAAAACUGGGUUUGAGAUGAACCAGUUGAUGCCUAAGAGUGAUGAGCAUCUAAUUUCUCCUUACAAUAUCAGCCCUGAAUCACACAUUUAGGUCACAAGAACAAAUGAAAUGAUCACCAAUUAAAGAAGUUCCUGAUUGUUAAACAAAUUCUCCUUGUCAGCAUUUAUGGAAAUGUAUAGAGAACAGUAUUGAGAAUGUGCAUACUGAUGUUGGGGUGUAAAGCUAUAAGAGAUGAAAUGGCUUAAGGAAAAACUCUUUUCCUUUGAAAUAUAAUUUGUGGCUAGGCAGGACAAGUGUGGUGUUUGUUGUGUUGUAAAUGUCUAUCAAGUGGUCUCAUCAUAAGAUAUGUCAGCCGUAGGUUUCUUGUUGAACUUACCUGGCUCAGUCUGUGGUAAAAGUUUGAUUUCAUUGCUGAAUUUCUUGUGGCUUUAAUUUUUCUGUGGUUUAACCCUUCAACACCUAAGAGUGAUUUACAUGUUACUUCUUCUUACAGUAUCACUGUUGAAUAAAGUAUUAAGGGCAUGAGAAUCAAGGAAAUGAUCAUCUACAAGAGAAGCUCUUGAUUGUUGAACACAUUCUCUGUGUCAUUACCAUAGGAAAUGUAGAGAAAACAGUAUGGAAAAUAUGCACACUGAUCUUAGGUUUAAAUAGAUCAGGGUAUCUGACUGAUUGAUGUGAUCUCUAUAUAUUGCAUUUUAAACAUAUUCUUUCUUCAACCCAGGAGAGAGGAAUUUAGUACAUAUUUUAAAAAUUCAAAUGUUAUGUGGGAUAGUCUAAGGUGAAAUAAAAUAUUUCACUUGAUUUGUUCUCAAUUUCAUUUUGGUUACAUGGGUCAAAUUAGUGACAUCCAUUAUAGUGAGAUUGUUGUAGCCACAGUGAAACUCCUCAUUAAAAAAGUACCAAAAUUAAAGGAAA